AUGCCGCUCCACGCCCACCCCGACCCCUCAACACUCCUCCCGCUCCUGCGGACGCAGCUCCCAGCCUCCCUCGUCUUCGUGGGCACACUCAUGUCCAACCCUUCCCUCGCUCCCGUCUAUGCCAACUUCCCACCUCGUUCGGACGGUCCUAUCGACAUAGCGUACCUCUCCUCCCUCGGACUGGGGGAGUACGACUGGCUCGUGACCGUGGCCCUCCCCGUGCCCUCAGAGCAGCAGCGCUUUCACCACGCGCUCUCCGGCGCGCCAGCUGAGAUCCAGCAGCUGCUGUUUGACAAGGCGUCCAAAGCCGUCACCGAAGCCGUCACCGAGAUGAUGGGCCGAUACCCCGCCCAGCCAGUCUGGGGCUCUGUGCCGGAACUCUUCGGUCCGGCCGUGCGAGAACUGCUAGACGCGCCGAAGCGCGACGUGACGUACAUCUACGCGCCGGGCGAGGGGUGGGGUGCCUCCUCCAUCGAGGCGCCAACUGAUCUGGCUGGGCUCACGUUCGACAUUGGACGGCCAGAGGACGGACAGGCCGUAGGUUUCUGA